GAUGCAUUUGUUUUUUAUUCGCGUUCUAUUUUUGUGUGUGACGGUUCCGUCCGGCGAAGGUUUUUAUUUUCCAAAUAAUUUUGAUGAUUUUCGUAAAGACCAUCUAAAUAUUUGCAAGAUACCUUCCGAUUGCUAAAAAACACCAAGAUGCAGAACGGAGACGAUACGGCACCGAGCGCAGAAACUACCAAGAAACCAGUGCCUGAGGAGGUGACGAAGCAGUCGUUCCGGCUGAAAGUAUGGCGUCACCUGGAGUCGAACGGGCUGGCUAUGUUCCCGCGGCCGGUGUACAAUCGCAUCCCGAACUUCAAGGGUGCUCCGGAGGCGGCCGCUAAGCUGGCGGAGCUGGAUGUGUUCAAGAAUGCCGUCACGGUGAAGGUCAACCCGGAUAAGCCUCAGGAGCCUGUGAGAGUGAUAUGCCUAGAGCAACAGAAGACGCUCUACGUUCCAGUGCCGCGUCUGCAGACCGGAUUCCUGAACCGCCUGGAGUUGCCUGAUGGUGAGACCGGACCGGCUGCCAUCAGGAAGGCUGUCUCCCGCAACGGAAUGGAGACUAAUGGAAAACCCAUUGGUAUUGAAGAUUCAGUCUCCUUGGAUCUGGUGGUGAUGGGAUCGGUAGCUGUUUCUAAGGAAGGCUACCGUAUCGGGAAAGGACGAGGCUAUGGAGAUCUGGAGUUUGGCCUGAUGAUGCACAUGAAAGCUAUCAAGCCGAACACACUGGUUGCCACCACCGUUCAUGAUUGUCAGGUGUUCGACACACUGCCCGCUGAGUUGUUCGGCCCUCACGAUGUCCCCAUUGACAUCAUUGUCACGCCAACACAGGUGAUAGAGACCCAGCGUAUGAGCCAGCGUCCGGCGGGAAUUCUGUGGCAUCUGCUGUCAAACCGCCGCGUGACGCUCAUGCCGAUACUGGGACAGCUGAGGGAGAUCGAAAUGCUUGCAGGCAGACCGUGCGUGCUGAAGGAAGUAGAUACCGACGUGGAAGAACGCACCGCGCAGCGCCCGCGCCGGCUGCGUCGCCGCACUCGCUCGCACAAGAGCCAGAGCGAGGGAGAGGGUAACACAACGGAAGGCGAAGACGGCAAAUCAGGCGGCAAGCCGCGGCGAUCGACGCGUCGUCGCAACAGCAACAAAUCCUCCGGCAAAGAGGGCAAGGAGGGCGCCGAGCCGCGCCCGCGCCGCACCAAGCGGCAGCGCCCGGUCAUCGACUUCUCCGUCAAGAUUUCAAACAUCAGCCCCAACACUCGAGUGCGCGAUCUGAAGCAAGCGCUGUCAGAGCGCGGUGUCAAGCCACAGAUCAUGGUUUGGAAGGGAUUCCGUGGAUUCUGCUAUCUUCACUUCUUCAAAUCUGGACCUCAAAAGGGCGAAGGCGACAGCGCGCCAGCGACCACCAUCAACAUGGACAGCGUGAUAGCCGCGCUCGCUCAGAUGUCGGUCGGCGGCAGCGGCGCCGCCGGCGACGAGGCGCGCGACGACAAGCCGCGCCUGCUAUGCGUCGAGCCCGCGCCGCCGCGCCGCCCGCCCGCGCCCGCCUCGCCCGAGCCCACGCAGGAGGCCGUACAUUGAUUUUCCGAAUGCUGAAGCGAUCGACGCGUCCUCUUCGACGUUUUGAUAACGAAUACCUUGUAUUAUUUCUAAAACACGCAUAUAAACAAACGUUGCUCGCUUAGUUUGCACACGGAGACGCGCCAGUCGCAUUCCGAUACUAAUUGUCUAGUGUUAAGGUUGAUUUUCCUUUGCGCCGGCUCAUCGGCUCGAAUUGUCUACGUCACUUGGUUUUAAUGUUUUUGUGUGACGUAGAUGUAACCGGUAAGAAGCGAUGGUUCGAUUUUGGUUUUGUUCGAACGGUUGUUCGCUCGGCCACAGUGUAGGAAAGGUAAGAGUAACUUAUCUUGUAUCAAAAAUGAUUUGUUGAUUCUGCUAAUGUACUUUGUUAUGGAUUUGAAACGUAAUAUUUUAUAUUUUAUUUAUUCUAGACUGUUGAUGAUUUGAAUAGCUUUAGAUGUUGCUGUUACACAAAUGAAUUUUUUACCUGUACACUUGUGCAGAGAUGAGUUACUGGUUUGCCAAGUCAGUCUACUGUGGCACUUAGGUUUUUUGUUGUUUUCUCCUUGAGCCGGCGCGUUGUUUAAGAGUGAGCUAUAUUUAUGAAACCCCUACGAAAGAUAUAUCUAUACGAAUGUUUUAGUUUUCUCUAGUCUAACGUUAGUAUGUAACAGCGCAAAUAGAUUUAUUUACAAAUACUUGUUUUCAAUGCAGAUACGUUUUAAGCAUUCUUCCAUAAUUUACGAUAAAAGAUGCUAUAUUUUAGUAUAGAAUAGAUUGAACUCUGAGAAGAUUAAUAUAUUUUUAAUAUUGUUAAGGUGCUUGUAUAACAGAGUCCCAAAUUAGGUAGAACUUAGUUGAUGGAUUUGACUAGCGUUAAGAGUAUUUAUUUGGAAGCGUUCGGGUUUGGGGCCCUGUUAAGUUUGUCCUGUUGUGUAUUUGUGCCAACUUUGAGUACAUGCAAUAAAUAUUUCUCUUGGAUAUUUAGAUUACAUUAUUAAGGUCUUAACUAUUUUUAACAUAUCGUGUGUAUGUGAGUUGGUAUAAAUAUUUAGUGCACUUGCGGAGUCAAAAGUUACUUUUUCAGUAUUAGGUUAUUUAAUUUAAGACUUGAAAAGUAAUAUAUUAUUGAAAAUGGAAUAUUUAAAUUAUCUAUUUUAGAUUAUGAAGUGAACUAUGCUUCACUAUUAUUGGUCUCUUAGCGUUAAAACGAAGAUGUAUUUUAUAUAGAAGGUAUUUGUAUCGAUGUAUUUUUCGAAAUUUUUAGUUUUAUUUUGGCAGCAUAAUAAUAUUGCUUGGUAAUACAUUUAAUAAGCUAUUUUCUAACGUUAGUUUCUAUAGAGUACUAUCUCGCACAAUAGCGUUGUGCCCCAAUAACAUUGUUAUUCCUCACAUGCAAUUUUAAGCACUAUAGAUUAUAUAUUUAUGUAUAUAAACUUGUUAACACUGAUAUUUGCUAGUUUAUUUUGUAAUCUUUAACGUUGGGAUAGCAAGCAUGGAUGAGCGUUUUUUUGUUUUGUAUUUUUUUUAAUAAAUUUAUUGAACACUU